AGGCACCUGGCUCCCACUAAUGUCUUGAAAAAUUGUUAUCUCAAAUUUCUAGACACCAACCUGAAUUUGUUCCCAUUGUCCAUCUCUUCCUCUCCGUGGUUUCAAGUUUGCCGGCUUUGGGACAAGACCCGAUACGCCGCCAACAAUAAAAUGAGGUAAGAUGAUAUCUUUCAAGAUAUAUCAGGGCAAAGAUUCAAUCUUCCUUAUGCCCGGAGCUAUGUUUUUCUAAACUUCAAGAUUUUUAUCUGCUUCUUGAUUUCUUCUUCGUUUCCUUUCCUCCCCUUCUUCCCUUUUUGUCGUUUGUACUUUACUUUGUGUUCAUCUGUUUAGAAGAUUAGAGGAAGAAGAAAGAAUCAAAUUGUUGAUCUUUGGGUGAGAGGCUGAAAAGGGUAGGGAUAAAUCUAAGUUCAUGGCAGGAUGGUCAAUCCUAGAAAAUGGGUCUGAUUCGGGUUACCUAGGAGUUGAGAAUCAUGGUCAGAGAUAUGGCUGUUGCCGAGAUAUUGAUCCUGCUGUCAAGGGUAGUAUUGAUAAAUCUGAUGAUCUCGAGGUAAAGCAAAGAUCCCUUUUUGAUCUGUUUAUUUCUUGUUUUCUGAAGGAGUUGGCUAGUAGGGGUUCUAUUAGGCCCAUGCCGGCAAUGCUUGGUGAUGGGAAAUUGGCAGAUUUGUUUAAGCUUUUCUUGGUGGUGAGAAAGAAAGGUGGGUAUGAUUUCGUCUCGAAGAAUGGGUUAUGGGCUUCCGUGGCAAAAGAAUUAGGGUUGGAUAUUAAAGUUUCAGCUUCGGUUAAAUUGGUGUAUUUUAAGUAUUUGCAUGAGGUGGAGAAAUGGCUGAGGGAGGGAUUCAGAGGAAGAGUAUCUGAAAAUGGUUCGUGUGAACCCUGUGGGAGUUUAAGGUUCUUAUCACUGGAGCUGGAGAAGAAGUUUAGAGGGUUUUUUGGAAAUGGGAUGGACCAAGCGGCAACAGAUAAUGAUGUUGCCCUAUUGAAACAAAAGAACAAUGAUAAGCGCGUAUCUAAAGACAUCAAGGAGAAUGGGUUAAAUCCUUUCAUUAAUUGUAGACAAAAUUUGUGCAAUGAUAUUGUCAAAAGGUUUAGUGAUGAUAACGAAAAGGUAAGUGGGGACAAUCCUGCGAUUCUGGAUCCUAUUAUUGUCAAGAAUGAAGUCAGUUCCCGAAAGAGAAAGAGACUUUCUUUAUCAGGAAUGCUGAACUGGGUAAUCCAGAUUGCAAAAAAUCCUUUUGAUCCUUCAAUUGGUCCCAUACCAGAGCCAUCCAAGUGGAAAGAGAAUCAUCAAGGCACUGACUUUUGGUUCCAGUUAAUGAGGGCAAGGGAUGCUUUAAUGCAGAAAAGGCAGAGUCACUCAAUUCUAGAACAACCUUCCUUGCAGGUUAAGCAAAAGAUGCAUCCAUCCAUCUAUGAGGAAAAAUUUCUUGAGCACCAUUCUCCUGAGCGGUUAAGAACCCAUUAUAGGAUUCCUACUUCAGCAAAAAUUUGUCUGUGCUCUUGUUGCAAUCCAUGCCCAAGCUCUCAGCAAGUGGCAAUACCAAAGAUGGAUCCUCAAGUUGUGGGCUUGCCAUGUUCAAAUAGGACUGCUGACUCAUCUGAGGAUGAUUUCAUCAAACAACAUGUUUGUGUUGGCCUCUCCUUCCAAGCUGAAGUCCCUGAAUGGACUGGUAUGGUGUCAGAUAGUGACAUCAAAUGGUUAGGCAAUCGUGUAUGGUCUGGAGAACGUGAUUCCUUAACUGAAAUGGAUUCCAUUGGUAAAGGAAGACCUGAAGCAUGUGCCUGUCUAUUUCCUGGUUCUGUUGAAUGUGUUAGAUUUCACAUUGCUGAGAAGAGGAUGAAAUUGAAGCUUGAACUAGGUCGAGUUUUCUAUCGUUGGAAAUUUGAUCGGAUGGGGGAGGAAGUGUCACUCCGUUGGACAAUUGAGGAAGAAAAGAGAUUUAAGAAUAUGGUGCGAUCUGCCUCCCAAUCUUUAGAUGCAUGCUUCUGGGCCGAUGCAUCCAAGUACUUUCACGAUAAGACAAGAGAAGACUUGGUUAGCUAUUACUUUAAUGUACUUUGUAUACAGCAUAGAAGUUAUCAGAAUCGAGUGACUCCUAGAAACAUUGACAGUGACAAUGAUGAAGACGAAUUUGGAUGUGCAAGUGACAGUUUUGGACUGGAUGCCCUUAAGGUUCCUGGCAGCAGCCAGUUGAUCUGUGCUCAGAACAAUCAGUGCACUGAUUUGGCAUAGAAUGGAAGCAGAUAAGAAUUUGUCACUCUGAGGUAUUUUUUAUACGGAUUUGUCACUCAGAUUAAGAACUGUGACCCCUGUGGCAUUAAAGCAGCCAAAUUUUUGUAGUUUCUCCUGUACCACACAUGAUCACUCAUGUCUUAAAACUCUGCAUAGGUUAGGAUAGUCGCCUUCUCUUAGGAGAUGCAAUUUUGGCAUAAAUUGUGUACAGUACUCUUACUUUGUAUACAGAAUCAGGAGUAGUAGAGAGAUUUUUCUGUAUCUCCAGUUUUGGGUUUCAUUUCUCUCAUAAAUUUGCAUACUGGCA